UUUUGCAUACACGGGGCACAGGAUCUCUUAAAGAGAAUGACUGAAAUUGAGUCAAAUGUGAGCACUUCUGUACCGAAAAGAAACUCUGAGAGGAGAAGACGCGGUAGAAGACGCGGAAAAUCUGCAAAACAAGCGAAUGAUGUCGAGGUUGCAGAUAAUUCAAGCAGUCAAGAGGCAAACUCGAAUUCAGCAACUAAACUGAAGGAAAAGAAUGAAACUAAAUCUUCUAAAGUUUCCAAAUUGUCUCUGCUUGCGCCUGUUUUUGAGCCAGGAAAACCAUUCAAGGCAUCUGAAGGCAAUGGUGAAUCAUCUGCGAAACCAGUCACCGACCAAAAACUUGCAAAUAAGAAAACGGAUAGAAGAAGAGGCAAACCAAAAUCAGGAAAGGAUGAGGCAGUAAAGAAGCUGUCGUCUGAGAAGAACGAUGGCUCAACUGAAGCCCACAAUCCCUCUAAGAAGGAAACACAGAAGAAGCAGCGAAAUCGUAGGAAGAUUAACAUCUCCAAGCUUGAUCUUGGCUCGAAAAUCACAUACGAGAUUAAGACCGGCCAGUAUGAGUGCCUUAUUUGUACGGAUUCGGUUAAGCAUCGCCAUCCCGUGUGGUACUGUAAUACCUGCUUCCAUGUGUUUCAUUUAAAAUGCAUUACAAAGUGGUGUACAAACUCACUACAAAAUAUGAACGAACGCAAUUGGAGAUGCCCAGCUUGCCAAACACAGCAAGAGGAAACCGACUUAAAAUAUCGUUGUUGGUGCGGUAAGUAUGAAAAACCAGAAUAUGUUCGUGGGUCUAUGCCACACUCCUGUAGCGAACCCUGUGGUAAGAAGCGUGGUCCCCAAUGCGAACAUAGAUGUCCACUGUUAUGUCACCCUGGUCCUUGCCCGCCAUGUUCUUCUGUCAUCGAGCAAUUCUGUCUCUGCGGAAGCGAAAGCAGAAUGACUCGAUGUGGAGCAAAAUCCGGAUUAAGUUCAGAAUUCCGUUGUGAGAAUGUGUGCGGUGAGCUCUUACCAUGCGGCAAACACACCUGUGAACGCGUUUGUCAUUCUGGAACUUGUGGACAAUGUGAUAAGAUGGUUACUGUCACUUGUUUUUGUGGAAAUGAAUCGAAAAAGAUUGCCUGCAAGAACGCCAGAUCACCUGCCGUCUGCGAAACAAUUACCGACGAUGGUAGCGUGAAAUCUUGGAAAGGAUCGUAUAGUUGCGGGGCUAUAUGCAAACGCCGUUACAAUUGUGGUGUGCACGAAUGCGGAAAACCCUGCCAUCCUGAGAAGGCUGAUUUGGGUCCGUGUCCCUUGUCGCCUGAGAAUGUCACACAUUGUCCAUGCAGGAAAAAUGAAUUAAAGAACAUUAUCACGAAACCUCGGACAAGUUGCAGCGAUCCUAUACCUACAUGUAACGAAAAGUGUGAAAAGACACUGAAAUGCGGUCACAAAUGCCAGUCAAAGUGUCAUCUCGGUCCGUGUCUCAGUUGCACCGCUGUUGUGAAAACAAGCUGUCGUUGUGGCUUCAAUGAAUUUGAGGUUCCAUGUGAAUCUAUCCAACAAGGCCACGAGGUUACGUGUGAACGACUUUGCCCUGUGCUAAGAAAUUGUGGCCGGCACCAAUGUAACAAAAAGUGUUGUCCCGGUUAUCCGAAGGCCCAAAAACGUUUAGCCAAGCGUCCCAAGGGUCCGAGAUUGACACGCUAUUUAAUGACUGAAGAGUUCGAAGAAGAACAUAUUUGUGUUCACACUUGCGGCAAAACUCUGUCGUGCGGCCUCCACAAGUGCGAGCAUAUGUGUCAUCGAGGUCCUUGUCCUCGUUGUCUUCAAGCUUCUUUCGAUGAACUAUCAUGUACGUGUGGACGUACAAAACUCUACCCACCUAUUCCGUGUGGAGCAAAACCACCUGUUUGUAAUUACCAGUGUACGUUGCAGAAAGCAUGCGGCCAUCCUGCUGUCAAGCAUGCUUGUCAUCCAACCACCGAACCAUGUCCUUCGUGUGUUUUUCUUAUGGAGAAGCUCUGUCUUUGUCGGAAGACCUUGGUAAAAAAUCAACCUUGCUGGAAGGAAAAUGUGUUCUGCGGAAAAGUAUGCGGAAAGCUUCUGCCGUGUGGUGUACAUACAUGUAAAAAGACAUGCCAUCCCGAGGGAAAAUGUGAAUCUUCAUGUACGAGCAUCUGCGGUCGGAAAAAAACUUACUGUGAACAUCACUGUUCGAAGCCUUGUCAUGGACGAUCGCCCUGUAACGAGUUUGAGCGCUGCACUGAGCUGAUUGAAGUCUCUUGCAAAUGCGGCCUAAGGAAGGAGAAGGUUCCUUGUGCAACCUGCUUUGAUGACCCAGAGCCCAAGCACGAGGUUUCCUGUGAUGAUAAGUGUGCAAUACCCGAACGCAAUCGAAAGCUUGCGGAGGCACUAAACAUUGAUCCUGACAGGGCCGUUAGGCAUUUAGGUGAGUACAACAGUGAUGUUGUUGAAUUUUACGCCGAAAACAAGGAGUUUUGCGAAGGUGUUGAACAGACAUUACGUAGUUUCUGCUUGUCUGUUCGACCUUUAUACUCAUUUCCUCCUAUGAAGACGGCAUUUCGUCGAUUUAUUCAUCAAUUGUCAGCGAUUUACUGUUUGCAGUCCGAAUCUAUGGAUCCAGAACCGCGCAGGAGUGUUGUUGUUCAUAAUCGCGGUAUCUCAAAGGUUCCAAGUAUACCCUUAAGUACUGCUCUUGUGUAUGCAUCGAAAUAUCCAAAUGUUUUACAGAAGGCUGAGGUUAUACAAACCACAGCUACCCCAGAGUCAGAUGCAAUACAUUACAAUGCGUUAAUUCUGCUUAAUGUUCGUGAUGGAGUUGAUGAAGUUGAACUACAAAAACGAUUGAGCGAUCUUUCUUAUGUGUCAGACUAUAAAUGGUCCUUCCACGCAGUCGAGCAAUCUUAUAUUAUGAGGCCUUUGAAUUCGGACACCAUACGGAAUUUAUUAUCGCUUCUUAUUAGCAUGCGCCCAUUAAUUAAUCGCCGUUUAGUGAUACCAGGCCUCAUUGAAUGCUGCGAGCUUUGUGAGGUAGAUUCACAAGAUCGACUUCUGCGUGUGCAUAAUAGACGACCUAACACUAAGCAUGUUGCUAAUUUACGCUUACAGAAGGAAGCGCCUCUUUCCGUGACAAAUCGCUUCGAUGCUUUGGAGAUUUAGUCUCAUUUCAUUUUAAUGGAUGGACCUCGCUAACCCUUCCCCUAGUCAAGGAGAAACACCAUGUGCCCUGUGUUUGGCGUGCCAAACACUUCCCUCUGAUUUGGUUUUUUAGUCUUCUUUGUUUUCAUAUCUGGGAGUACAUAUAGAAUGUUUGUUAAAUCUAAAUAAUACUUUUUGAGAAACUGGUUUCUGUUCAAAUAAGUUUUAAUGAAUGGUGAUACUGCUGUUCAAAACUUAAUAUUAUUUAUUCAUUUGCGGAUUUUAGCUAUUAUCAUGAAUAAAAACACUUUCAAGUGUUUUUCUGAAGACCUUUGAUCGUAUAUGCGUUUCUAAUUAAAUUAUAUAUAUUAAAUUCAUUUGGUUUCAAAUCCUGC